CAGGACUCUGUGCGUGUUGUGCGCGCGUGUGUGUAUCUGGCUGGAGCUUUUCAUCUGCGCGUAAAGAGCUCCGAGAGAUAAGGAAAAGUAAAUACCGACGCCUCCGACUUGAAUGGAGCCAUAAGAGCGGCCUGGAUUACGGACCUCGGAGCUUUUGGUGACACCUUCGCUGCGCGUCCUGCUGAGUUUCACAUUUGGGGGAAUCCAGAGUGGUCCAGAUGUUAAUCCACACCUAUUCGGCUAUGGAGCGCGCAGACGGACUCAGCGGCUCUUCUCCCAGCGGCCGCCUCUCCCAGCUGUCCUCCCUCAACCAGGCCGCCUACUCCUCGGCUCCCCCGCUCUGCCACACUCCGGCCUCCGACUUCCAGCCUCCGUACUUCCCCCCUCCUUACCCACAGUCGUCCCUCCCGUACUCCCAGAGCCAGGACUCGGCCUACUCCCACCUGUCGGACCCCUACCCCUCCAUCAACUCCAUCCAUCAGCACCAGCAGGCGGCAUGGCACUCGCAGAGGUCGCGCUCGGAGGAAGGGGGGCUGCUGUCUCAGUCUCACCGGGCUCUGAGCCUCGACCCCCGCCGGGAGUAUCCAGCCGUCCCCCGGCUGCUGCACGGUCUCGGGGAAGGAGCUGCGGCUCUCGGGGACGGACCUUUGGGGAUGCACCUGGGACACCACGGCCUGGAGGAUCUUCAGGGGAUGGAGGAAGGAUCAGCCCUGGGCAUCCUCGACCACUCUGUCAUUAAAAAAGUUCCCAUCCCCUCCAAGCUCAACGGCUCGGCCCUGUCCUCGCUGUCCAUGGGGAAGGAGGGCUUCGGGAUGGGCGCCGUGUCCAACCCGGCAGAGGUCUUCUGCUCGGUACCCGGUCGCCUGUCGCUGCUCAGCUCCACCUCCAAGUACAAGGUGACGGUCGGGGAGGUGCAGCGACGCCUUUCUCCACCCGAAUGCCUCAACGCCUCGCUGCUGGGUGGAGUCCUGCGCAGGUAAGAAGAACAUGAAGAAUACUUAUAGCAAUAACAAUAAUAAUAAUAAUAAUAAUACCUUUUAUUUAUAUAGCACUAAAACCUGAAGCAGAGCCUUAAAGUUAGUCUCUGAGAGGACAAAAAUACCCAUGAAAUCCCUAUAUCUCUUUAGAAAAAUGAGAAUUUGACCUCUUUAGAUCUAAAAAAUUAACAAUCUGUGAAGGAAACAUCUGAUUAUGAUUGAACUUGUAGGUGAGAUGGAGACCAGAUGGUCGGACUUAGACUUUAAGAUGACAAAAAUCUCAUGAAAUCUUUAUAUUUCUUAAAGCCAAAUGAGAAUUUUACCUCUUUAAGUCUCAAAAAUGUAAUAAAAUGAAUCAAUCUGAGAAGGAAACAUCUGUUUUUGGUUGAUCUUCCAAUUUUCACUAUAUAUUAAGAGUAUUUUUGUCCUGAUUUGACUCCCUAAACAUCU